AUGGCGGAAGCUACACUGGUAGAACGUCCUCCUGUCUUCUUUUGCCAUGAAUGCAACGUAGAAGUUCAGCCAAACAUCCCGGCUUUCACAUGCUCAAGAUGUAACAGUGGCUUCAUAGAGGAAAUGGAAGAACCAGCUUUGCCUGCACAGCCAACAACUGGUUCACAUGAUCAAGAUUCUAUUAUAGAUUUUGCUGAGGUAAGCAGGAUCAUCAAUUAUGUGGUGCAGCAAGUAGGCAACAAUUUGGGACGGACUCCACUAAUUUUACGUGGCAAUCCAGCAGACUAUGCUUGGGGUCCAAAUGGUCUUGAUGCAAUCAUAUCACAGCUGUUGAAUCAUUUGGAAGGGACAGGUGCUCCCCCUGCCCAGAAAGACAAAAUAGAAAACUUACCAAGGGUUAUUAUCGAGCAGAGUCACGUUGAUAACACACAGCAGUGCUCCAUUUGUAUGGAUGAUUUUGAGCUGGCCAUGGAGGUCCGAAAGCUGCCCUGCGACCACCUGUACCAUUCAGAGUGUAUUAUCAAAUGGUUAGAGAUGCAUGGUACCUGUCCAGUGUGUAGAAAGGAUCUGAAUGGAGAGGACACUUCUGCAAAUGAGGCAGAAUUCUCACCCAGUUUUCACUCGGGUGCAGAUGGAGCCAGUACUCCCACAUCUUCCUCCUCUUCAUCGACGACCUCUAUGGAAUCUACUCCUUCUUCGUCUUUCUCUGAUCUCUGUAGGAACUAG